CCGCCUCUGCACUGGGAGUCAGUGUGAUACGUGAAAGUGACGUGCUUCUUCUAUUCUUCUUAUCGCUGGGAAAAUGUCCUGAAAACACUGAAACUAUCACAACAAGCGGAAAGUGGAGACUAAACCGGGAUAUUUACAGCUGGAUGUUUCGUCUGCGUCGUUUUUUGAGAGAGUAUUCGCUCUCAAGAGGAAACGAAGUAAAGGCGAGUCUGUUGGUAAACUUUCGUUAGCUGUAGCUGGUGAGCUAAAGAACACUGCUGGAACGGAGUGAAGUUUACACUGACGCAGGCCUGAGACCUCUCACUCUUGCCCCCUCAGCCGCUCACCCUCACUCGCGGGCAACAGGUUCCCUCUCAGCUGUGAAGCAGAAACCGGACACUGGGGAUUUCCUAUCGCAUUUUUCCAGCUAAUAUAUUUAUAUAUUUCUUUUACAAAGUUCGGACUAAUUUAUUUCCCGGAGAAGUGAAUUUGUCCUCUGUGUACACUUGACUAGCUAAAGCUAGUUUGGGAAGACGCUUUCGGCCAAAAGGAAAAUUCUGGAAUUAAACUCGGUUAAAUGCGUUACGAAGCCAGAAUGAUGCCGAUGUUCUUGACCGUGUACCUCAGCAACAACGACCAGCAUUUCACAGAGGUGCCCAUAACUCCGGAGACGGUGUGCCAUGAUGUGGUGGAGCUCUGCAAGGAGCCAGGAGAGAUGGACUGCCACUUAUCUGAGAUGUGGAGGGGAUCUGAGCGAGCUGUGGGCGAGGGCGAAAGGAUGCUGGAGCUACUGCAGCGCUGGGGCUCACGCAGAUCAGAGGUCCGCUUCUUCCUGCGCCACGAGAGAGUUCCCGGCCGCGAGCCAGGAAACGCCAGAGGCAUGGAACAGAGGAGGAACGGUGUUAAAGGUCCCCCAGAUAGAAGGAUGGAGAACGGGGUGGCUGCUCCACGCAUGGACAUGACUGUGGCUGAGCUGCAAGAGAUGGCGACACGACAGCAGCAACAAAUCGAUGCUCAGCAGCAGCUGCUGGCCUCUAAGGAGCAGCGCCUGCGCUACCUGAAGCAGCAAGAUCAGAUGAAGCACCAGCAGGCUUCUGAACAGGAGAAGUUACAGCGCCUCAGGGAGAAUGUGGAGAAGCAGGAGGCUCGGCUCAAGAAAGUGCGCGCUCUCAAGGGUCAGGUGGAGCAGAAGCGCCUCAGCAACGGAAAACUGGUGGAGGAGAUCGAGCAGAUGAACAAUCUCUUCCAGCAGAAGCAGCGCGAGCUUGUAGUGGCAGUGUCGAAAGUUGAGGAGCUCAGCAGGCAGCUGGAGAUGCUGAAGAACGGCAAGAUGGACGCUCUACACGAUAAUCAAAGUGCCGUGGCUGAGCUCGAUCGUCUCUACAGAGAGCUACAGCUAAGGAAUAACAUGAACCAGGAGCAGAACUCGAAGCUGCAGCAGCAGAGGGAGAACUUGAACAAGAAGAACCAGGAGGUGGUCGCCAUGGACAAGCGGGUCAACGAGCUCCGUGAUCGCCUGUGGAAGAAGAAAGCAGCGCUGCAGCAGAAAGAGAAUCUUCCGAAUGGCUUCCCCGUUAAGGAAAAGGCUUCAAAAGAUACCCAACCCAAGGUGUCUUCUGACGGCCAGCCCCCCCAGUCAGGGGGUCAGUCUCGCGUGGCUGCAGUGGGGCCGUACAUCCAGUCAUCCACCAUGCCACGCGGCCCAGCCAGACACGACCUGCUGAAGCCCACCUACCCCGACGGCACAGCCACACUGCCACCUCAGGACAGGAGCAUGGUGUCCGCGCCAGCCAAACCUGGCACAGGACUGCAGUCACCAAAGGUGCUUAAAGUGUCUGACUGGAGCUCACCUACCACAGACUCCAACACCAGCCAUGUCCAGUCCACUUCACCCCAGCUGCCAAGCCAAGUACCCGCAGAGCAAGCUCCGGGUGACACAGACGUGUUGAAAAGAGGACAGCAGGACCGGAAGGCGCGUCCCAUCUCCAUGUUCGAAUCCACCGAGCCGCCCACGGCCUCCUUGCGCAAGAACCAGAGCAGCGAGGACCUUGCGAGAGAGGUUAGCAGAGUGUGGAAAGUUCAACGCAAGCUCAGUAGACAACCGAAUGCUGCAAAAAACCCAGUUAAAGUUCCGCCUCCUGUGCCAAGCAAACCCCGACAGGUCAAUCUGCCUUUCCCAGGCGCGGGCACCUUCCCAGGAAAGGGAAAAGCGAGCAGCCAGCAGCAGCGUACGCCUCUUCCACCGGCUCAGAGUAACACACUUCCCCUACCUUCCAAGCAGGAAACUCCACCAGCUGCCACUGUACGACCUUUCACCCCAGAGCCUAAGGAGCCACCUAUGCAGAAACCUCAGACAGUGGCAGCCAGCUCCAUCUACUCCAUGUAUACAAAGCAGUCAAUAACAGGCAAAGGUUUACAGCAGGGGGUGCAGGGAGUACUGAACCGUUCCCAGAACCGCUCCAACUUUGUUAGCAUGUAUGGUAAGCCUGUGAUCACCGCAGGCCAGCAAUCCCCGUCACCACAGAUGGACAACCCCUACAUGGAGCGUCCUAACGUCUCUGAAACAGACGCCGACCAAGGCACCAACAGUACUCCAGCACCCGAGAACCAAGAGACAGAACGUAUCCCGCGGCCACUGAGCCCCACCAAGCUGCUGCCCUUCAUCUCCAACCCCUACCGCAACCAGAGCGACAUGGACCUGGAGGCGCUACGCAAGAAGCUCGUCAAUGCCCCGAGGCCCCUUAAGAAGCGCAGCUCCAUCACUGAACCCGAGGGUCCUGCUGGUCCCAACAUCCAGAAACUCCUCUACCAGAAAACCACAUUGGCUGCGAUGGAAACCACAAUCAAUCCUCCUAGACCUGCAGAGGACGAGAAAGCACCGCCUGAUCCCAUCAGCACCGAACAGUGGGAAUCUGAAUCUCCCGAACAGCCACUUGCUGACCCGCUGCCACCGAUACACGUUCUGAAAAUCGAUGGCGAGGACUUCAUCCCUCCACCACCACCACCUCACCCUGCUCCUCGCCCUGAAGAUGCGCUUUUAAUCCCACCACCUCCUCCUCCUGUGCCUGAGGUCGAAGAGCCGCUCCCGUUACCUGCAGAGAGCUAUGUGGAGGAGUUCCCUCCAUAUCCUCCUCCUCCUUAUCCAAGCGGUGCCGAGCAGGAAGCUCUGGGGGAUGACACAUUAAACAUGAAGCCGCCAGAAGUCAUGGGACAGGUGCCUCUACCACCAGGGAAAAGGACGAAUUUGCGCAAGGUUGGAUCGGAGCGCAUCAGCCACAGCAUGAGGGUGAAAUUCAACCCCUUGGCUUUGCUUCUAGACUCUUCUCUGGAGGGAGAGUAUGAUCUGGUGCAGAGAAUCAUCUAUGAGGUUGAGGACCCCAGUCAGCCUAAUGAUGAAGGGAUCACGGCUCUACACAACGCCGUCUGUGCCGGACACACAGAGAUCGUCAAAUUCCUCGUACAGUUCGGAGUCAACGUCAACGCUGCCGACAGCGAUGGCUGGACUCCGCUGCACUGUGCUGCCUCCUGUAAUAACGUGCAGGUGUGUAAGUUCCUCGUGGAGUCUGGCGCAGCCGUGUUUGCCGCCACGUACAGCGACAUGCAGACGGCUGCAGAUAAGUGUGAGGAGAUGGAGGAGGGCUACACCCAGUGCUCGCAGUUCCUCUAUGGAGUGCAGGAGAAAAUGGGCAUCAUGAACCGGGGCGUGGUAUACGCACUGUGGGACUACAUGAGCGAAGAAGAUGACGAGCUGCAGUUCAGAGAGGGAGACUGCAUGACUGUGGUGAGGAGAGAGGACGAGGACGAGAUCGAGUGGUGGUGGGCACGCAUGGGCGACAAGGAGGGCUACAUUCCCAGGAACCUACUCGGGUUGUAUCCAAGAAUAAAGCCACGACAGAGGAGCUUGGCUUAAAACGCCCAGAAAUAGAGGAGACAAGAAUCUGUAGGACAUCUGUGGGAAAUGUACUAACACACACACACACACACACACACACACAUACACCACAGACACUGGUCCAAGACUCUAAAUCAAAUGAAGAGACGAAAACAUGAAGGAUUUUUUUUUUUUAAGAACAAAUGGAGAACUGGACCUUUCCCAGCAGAUGCUGCAUUUUUCUAUUCUAUGGUUUCAUGUUUUCUUCAUGCUGUCGCGAGUAGAUAAACAUCUUUUGUGUUCUUGUGAAAUUCGCCUCUGGAAUACAACUGAAUCGUACUCUUUCAUUUCACUACAACAUCGCAGCGCAGAUAUCUGCUGGAGCCUCGUCUGUUACGUGUCAUUUUUAUAUACAGAGAGCUCAUGUAGUCCUGUUCAUUUACCAAAUCAUGGGUCAACUUGGUAAAUGCAGUAGACCGUGGAUAAGCUUUGUGUUUUUGUUUUUUGAAAUUUACAGUAUAGUUACUGAAAAAGAUCUCCAAAUCAUUUUAGAUUUGAGCUCACACUAUUUUCUGCAUUAAAGACUCCACUGAAGCUCUUAAACUUUUGCUAAUUAGAGCUUUGAGGCGAGUACUAUUACCACAAGUCAGUAUUUGUUUUGGCCUUUUUUUAUACAACAUUAAAUGACUUGACUGUUUAAGUUUAAGUAAAUGUGUCCUAUUUGUUCUUAUGACAAAAUAAUGAAUUGUCCAUUCUGCAAAAAUCCUCUUUAGUAACAUGUAAUCACGUAUUUUUGUUCUUUGGGUUAAGAAAACAUUGGCGUUCGAUUACUUGUUUGAUGGUGAUGCAACAGUUGUUUUUUUUCUUCUUCUUUUUUUCUUAUUGUCUAAAGUGUUUAGUAUAUCCAUUUUGCAUAUCUUUUUUUUUUUUUUAUUCCCAGCCUUCUACAUUGUCAAAGCAACUGUAUUUAUUGUGUUUAAUUUCUCAUCUCCACGUCAUGAUCUGUAACCUCAGUCAAUUAUAGUACUUUUGAAUAUGA